AUGCCUUUCCAGCGCCCGCCGACCUUUACUGUCCAGCUCUGGCUGGCUGAGACUAAUGAGAUCUUUUCACUGCCUCAGUGCCAAAAUGACUUAACUCUGAAGAAGCUCAAGUCCCAUUUAGAAUUGUUGACUGGGAUCCCCCUUCACUUCCAGCGGCUUCAGUACCUGGAUGAAGCAGAUCUGGCUGACGAGUCUACGUUUGAGGACAAUGAUAUUGUCCCUGGUGGAAGGAUUACAAUGCGCAUCUGGCAACAAGAUGGCUGGGGGCAUCUUGUGGCAGCUGCUGCACAAAGAGAUACUAUGAAGCUAGCCUGCCUGGGAGUUACAGAGGACUCCACGAGCACCACGCCGUAUGCAGAGGUACUGGGACCACAGCAGAAAAAGGAACGGGUAGCACAUCGCGCUUUCGUGGCACUGUUUGUUGCCAGCCACAGAGGUCACGUUGAAACUGUCAGGUUUCUCCUGAGACAUGGUGUGGAUUUGCAUGCUAAGACCCCGCUGGGAAGGACGGCCCUUCACGUCGCUGCUGUCACGGGCCAGCGCGACUGCAUCAAGCUGCUCCUUAGCUACGGGGCACGAGCUCUUGACCCCGACAGCGAGGGACAAACUGCGGUGAGCCUUGCCCGCCUGUGGGGCCAGAAGCAGAGUGAACACACCAUGGUUCACUUCCAGAGGAGGAAGAAAUUCCCUGGCACUGUGCCACCUGCCCGCGCUGUCAGUCGGGCCUUGCAGCAGACAUCUGGUCCCACGUCCUAA